CGGAUUGGCAAUCGGGAAUACCGGGAACAAUCCCGAACGGCCGGUCCAUUUCAGGCCGAAUCGGCCGGUGGUCAAAUUUGUUAUUAUUAUUUUUUAUUAUUAUUAUUUAUUUUAUAUGAUACGGUACCGUACCGGCCUGUAGCGGCCGCUCAGCUGCAGCGGAACGCAGCUGUGUGUCUGUGUGUGUGUGUGUGUGUGUGUGUGUGUGUGUUUCAGACUGGGCCAAACCAAUACUUCCAAUCUUAAGGGGGGAUACGAGCGGCCUCUCCCAACUUGGACUGAUCCUCCUAUUUCCUGACAUCCGAUUGGCUCAAAGGCGCCGAUCAAAGGAGUUUACUUGGUUAGGUUUGAGUUUGUGUGAAUGCAACAGAGACAGACGGUAAAAAUGGCGAAACGAAGGAAAGAAGAGAAAGAAAUGGGUGGGGCCGAAAAAAUAAGAAUGAAAAAAAAAAAAAAUGUUGGCACAAGAGGCAGCUAAAUGUGCCAAAUUAACGGACCUUUUCCGCACUGAAAAGGGUGCUGUGGCAGGAGGUGCAGGUGAGGAAGGAGGACCCAGCAGCAUGGAUAGGACAGGUGCACGAUUAGGCCGGCGAGCGGCGGCGACACGCUGGCUGGCUGACUGUGCGUGAGCGUGGUGUUUGCGUAGCGUUUUCCAUGUCUUUGCCUGGUCUUUGCACACCAGAAACGUGUCUGACGCAGCGCUGCUGCUAGGAGACAUAAUAUGAUAAGACUCUGGUAAAAAAAUAAAAAUAAGCCUCUGGUGAUACAUUUGUUUAAAUUACAUUUAUAUCUUCAUUUAUGUAAAAACCUAGAGACUCUCAAAUAUCAAAAUGUAAUUUAUUAAUAUUUAUUCGUGUCAAAAUGACAAACAUCUUUUCCUAUUCCAUUUUGGCUGGAAACGCUUCCAACACGCUUGCGCGUCACGUGAAAAAUAGACGUCUGUUCUAUUAUUAGCAUGCACGCUGUUUUCCCCGUGGCUCAGGCCCUGUGUCACGCAGCUCUAACCUGUUAACAUGGGAGCUGAAAUAAAAACGGACAUGCCACGUAUCCAGUCUGUCACCGGCCUUAGGGAUAAAUGACACAAAAUAUUGAUUUGAAAAGGAGUUUAUUGAUUUAAAAACGAUUGUAUUGUAUUGGUACCACUAAGAAAAUAGUUCAUUCUGGUGUGGUGAACAAAUGAGUCCUAUUGAAGAGAUGAGUUCGAGCUUAGGACCCCAUUAGUAUGCUUGAUCUAAAUCUGUUCUUGAAAUAACUUGUAGCGAAUGAGCUGUCUAAACUGUUAAUGAGAAAAAUAGUAAUAUACACAAAUAAACAUUAUUUUAUGUUUCUUUUUAUUUGAAAAAAGUGUAAUUGUAACAUUGUGCUGAUUAUUACGAUAAAAAAUAAUGACAUAAUUACAUUACGAAUUGCUGUGAAUACGGUAGGGCAGUAGAAGCUCAGGUAAAGCUCCACUAGCACGAUCAUCGGAUAACGUUAGUUAGCUGUAUGCUAUGCUACUAUCUAAGCUAACUAAAAAACACACAAUGAGAAAUAUUUAAUUUCACAAUCUAUAGCUUCAGUUAAAUACUAGUUUCUGAAACGUAUAAGUUAAAAUACAUUAAUGACUCGUUAUAACGUAGUACAAAUGUCUUCUAUAAUAAAUAGAUUUUGUAUGAUUUGUAACCAGGCACUAAAGCGAUUCAGAUAAAACGUGCUUUGAACCAAUCCGAUCUGGGUCCUAAGCUCGGACUCGAUCUCUUCAGUAGGACUCAUUUGUUCACCACACGGUCUCUACGGUUAGAAUCCUGCGUGUCCAUGGCAACGCUCUGCUUUGCAUGGCAACGCAGUGCGGAAAAGGGGCGGGGCUACAUAAAGUCUAUAAGCAAGGAAUGUCUGUAAGGAGUCUAUGUAUGUAUACAGCGUCAGUUGCCAUUCUCUAUAUUAGCUGUUAAGGUCAUUGAUGGAGAGGGACAGUUUGAUGAUGACCCCUGCAGUCAUAUUGAUGAGGAGGGAGAGAAGGAGGAGCAGCAGGAGAAAGCAGAGCAAAAGAAGGAGGAGGAGCAGGAGGAAGGAAAGCAGCAGGAGAAAGCAGAGCAGGAGGAGCAGGAGCAGGAGGAUAAUGGAACAAGAACAAAAACAGUGACAGGUACAGGGGCAGUGUGCAGGACUGGGUAGGCAAUCAUAUUAUGCAUAGAUAGAAUAAGAUAUAGUGACGUCACGUUCUUCUCAUGCAGUACAACCAGUACAGACAGAGGCAGGGUCCAAGACAGGUGAAGAUGCACCAAGGAUAGACCUAAACAGAGCUGAAGAUGAGGGCUUUGAUUUUUAUACACGACCGGCCUCCAAAGAUUUAGAUUUUUUUUUUUCUUACCACCCUCAACAACCCACCAGAAAAGGCACGACUAUCUAUCAUACUAAAGAUGGUAUUAUGAGAAAGUGGCUCACAUACUGUAAGAAAGAAAACUCACUCUACUGCACAGUAUGUUUGGCAUAUGCAAAGCCAUCUGCAAGUGAAAGUGCGUUCAUUAAGGGGGGAAUGACAGCCUGGAAGCAUGUACAUCAGAGAAUAGAAGAGCACGAAAGAAACCAAGUUCACAGAGACAGUGCAGAAGCAUAUUUUAUGAUGGCCAGUCAAGCAGACAUAGUAAGCUUACUAAGUGGAAAACAAGUGUCUCUUCACCGUGACCAAGUCAGAAAGAAACGCCAAGUCAUGGACCGUGUCAUUGAAGUGAUAAAAGUCAUUGGAAAGUGUGGUCUUAGCUAUAGAGGCACCAAAUUUGAAGCUGCAUACACAUGGGACAACAUUGCUGUUGAUCAUGGAAACUUCUUGGAAAUGAUCCUCCUGCUGAGCAAAUUUGAUGUCUCUCUGCAAGAACAUGUAAAUGAAUGUGUACAAAAAAGCCAAAGCCUAAAUAAGACCGGUGUUAAAGGCAGAGGAUCUUUCGUUACACUGCUGUCUAAAACAUCUGUCAACAAAGUGAUUGAUGUAAUCAGCCACUUAAUCAAAGAAAGCAUUUCAAGGGAAGUAAGGCAAGCAGGAAUGUUUUCUCUGCAGAUUGACACCACACAAGAUAUUACCUCCACAGACCAAUGUGCUGUUAUCCUCAGAUAUGUGACUGAUGUGGUCCAUGAGAAGCUCAUAGGUGUGGUUGAUUGUGAGUCAUCAACUGGAGAGUAUUUUGUGGAGCUACUUAAAAAAACUCUAGCAAAGGUGGAUAUUGAGCUUAGGAACUGUGUUGGCAACUCAACCGAUGGAGCUGCAAACAUGCAAGGCCAGUACAAGGGGUUCUCUGCUUUACUGGCAUCAGAGUCUCCUAACCAAGUGCACAUCUGGUGCUAUGCACAUGUGCUCAAUCUUGUUCUGGGUGACACCACGAGUGCUGUGAUAGAAAGUGCAUCCCUUUUCUCCAUAGUGAAUGAUGUUGCUGUAUUUAUCAAGGACUCAUACAAGCGUAUGAAAAUGUGGGAGGAAGUCAGUGAUGACAAGCGACACAGACGGCUGUCUCCUAUCGGGGAGACAAGAUGGUGGGCCAAGGACCAGGCCCUAAGCAAGAUAUUUGGCUGUUUUGGUAACCCUGACAAUGCUUUGUAUGUUGAUUUAAUCUUAACACUGAAAAGGAUAGUGGAAGAUAUGUCAAUCAAAGCACAUGUCAGAGCAAGAGCUAAGGGGUACAUGGAGUCCCUACUGAAGCAUGAGACGGUGUUGACAGCACAGCUAUUCUUGAGAAUCUUUGAGAUUACCUCACCACUUUCCAGAUACCUCCAGACCAGUGGCAUGGACCUAAUCACUGCUCAUCGACUAGUUAUGGGGGCCCAAGACAGCCUAAAAUCCUGCAACAGGGACAUGGAUGGUGUCACAAAAGCUGCAAAUAUCUUUGUUAAAUGGGCUAACAAGGAGCUGGAGGAGAAUGGAUCUAAAGAGGUGGUUCAGGGGGCUCUACCUGAAAAAAAAAUCAGAAAGAAGAAGUCCAUGCCAGGUGAAGUAGCAGAGGAAGAACAUUCGUUGAAUACAGAGGAUCAGUACAGGAUCAAGGUGCACAAUGUCAUUUUGGACACAGUGACUCAGAGCAUUCACGCUCGCUAUUCUGCAAAUGGAGCUCUUUAUGAUGAUUUUGCAUGCCUCGACCCAAGGAAUUUUGGUACACUAAGAGAUAGGGGGCUUCCAUCUGAAUCCCUCAAACAACUCAGUAAAUGCCUCCUUAGGUUCGAUGAAAGAGCAACAUCUGGAAGGCUCAAUGCCGAGCUCUGUAGUUUGGCCAACCAGUGGGAGAGACUUAAGUUGCCACAUUUGGAGUCAUACACUGUCCGGGCUGCAGAAGAGACAGAAGAUGGAGAAGACAUGGAACUGAAUAACACCAGCUGCACCUCCUGCAAAGACUGUGCAAUUUGUGUUUAUCAUAUCCUCUCCAAAUACAACCUCCUCACUGAUGCCUAUCACGUCAUUGGACUGGCCUACAAGUUCUUGCUUACACUCUCUUUCAGUCAAGUGGCCUGUGAGAGGACCUUUUCUACUCUCAAGUAUGUAAAGAACAGACUGAGGAGUACUCUGACACAGGAGCGUCUUGAGGCAUUCAUGCUAAUGUGCACAGAGAAAGAGAUCCUAAUGACUUUAGACAACGAUGGAGUCAUAGACAGAGUUGCAGAGUCGAGUAAACUUCUCCAAAGUUUGCUGGUGAUGUGAGGUAGGACAGUUUUAGGAGGAGCAACAGCAGGAGGAGAGAGGAGGAGGAGAAGAAAGGAGGAGGAGCAGCAGGAGGAGAGAGGAGGAGGAGCAGUA